AUGAACUUGCAGCUCAACGACCCCUCGCUGCCUCCUGCCGGCGAGAUGAUCAACGAGGGUCAGGUCUCGUCCUAUCGCACUGCCAGCCCCGCCUCCCUUUCCGGCUCGCCCAUCAUCUCAAGUGGCGAUCCCCACCACAACCGUGCCCCGAGUCUGGGCGAGAUACACCAGGAGUUGGAACAGGAACAGGAGGCUCAAGUCAACCGUCUCUUGCAGAUGAUCCGUGCUCAACAGCAGCAGUUGCAGCAGCUGCAGACCGCAGGAACCCAGAACUCACGGACGACGCCUCCCGUCGUAGACGAAUCGACGCCUACCUCGGAGCGCUCAAUGUCCUUCUCGAAUCCAGCAAAUGCACCCCCCAUUUCGCACCCAUCCGCCGCAUCGACCCCCCGCUCGCCCUCGAUCGCCCUCCAACCCCGCAGUUCGUUCGACCUCGCCCGUUCAGACUUGCAGAGACGGUCGAGGACACCAAGUCGCACGGCAUCACCCAGGCUGCGCUCGACUUCAAUUAGUGGUGAUACGGGAGAGGCUUGGAACCUGGGUGGACGGGACGAGAGCGCUUUCUACCAAGCAGAAACACAGAUGCUGGUCCGGGAAAACCAGAUGCUUCGACAAAGAAUCAGAGAGCUAGAACGCCUGGUCAGUGAGCUGCAUGCAAAUUCAGCCGUCACUCACGAACCGGCCACGUCCUCCCAUCUACUUCGAACGACAUCUGUCUCUGAAGAAGCGCCUCCUGUCCCAGUCGCGGUUCCCAGCACUUCAGAUGUGAAGGAAGAAUGA